GAAGAGCUGAAGCGUUUCCGUUUGGUAGUUAAAAAUAAAAAGCGAAUUUGGAGAGAAUAAAUCGGUUUAUCUUUAAAUCCUGAGUAACCAUCAACAAACAAGGCAAGGGUUAUCAUUUUAUCGGAUCCCGGUAGAUGCUGACCGACGGAGAAGAUGGAUAGCGGCAUACCAACGCUUGUGUAGUGACCACUUUGUUGGAGAGACCAAAAAAAAUGAUGCCCACAAGAGACUCCAGUAGCCAUCAAAAGAUUUCCAGGGCACCUGAUACUUUCACCAGUUCUUCAGAAAUCAAGAAAGAUCUUCACCCUUGCUCAGUUUGUGGGAAGAGUUUAAUUUCCCAGAGGAAACUCCAAAUCCACCAGUGCAUUCAUGCUGCAGAGGUGCCAUAUCAAUGCUCACAGUGUGGAAAGACCUUUGCUCGCGCAAAUACUCUUCAAGUACACCAGCGCAUUCACACAGGAGAGAAGCCGUAUCACUGUUCACAGUGUGGGAAGAGCUUUGCACAGUUGAGUACUCUUGAACAACACCAGCGCAUUCACACUGGAGAGAAGCCAUAUCAUUGCUCCAAUUGUGGAAAGAGUUUCAGUCAAAAAAGUAAUCUCCUAACACACCAGCGCAUUCACACGGGAGAGAAGCCGUAUCACUGUUUACGGUGUGGAAAGACCUUUGCUUAUGCAAAUACUCUUCAAACGCAUGAGCGCAUUCACACUGGAGAGGCACCAUAUCAAUGUUCACAGUGUGGAAAGAGCUUUGCUCGUGCAACUACUCUUCAGAUACACCAGCGCAGUCACACAGGAGAGAAGUCCUAUCACUGUUCACAGUGUGGGAAGAGCUUUGCUCUGUUGAGUACUCUCCAGAUACACCAGCGCAUUCACACUGGAGAGAAGCCAUAUCACUGCUUCAAUUGUGGAAAGAGUUUCAGUCAAAAAAGUAAUCUCCGAACACACAAGCGCAUUCACACAGGAGAGAAGCCGUAUCGCUGUUCACAGUGUGGGAAGAGCUUUGCUCACUUGGGUACUCUCCAAAGACACCAGCGCAUUCACACUGGAGUGAGGCUAUAUCGUUGCUCAGAUUGUGGAAAGAGUUUCAGUCAAAGUUCUCUCCAAAGACACCGGUGCAUUCACACAAAAUAGAAGCUGUAUCACUGCUCAGAUUGUGGAAUCUGUUUCUCUGACCUCUAGUAAUGUCAACCCAUUCCAACAAAUUCACACAUGAGAAACCAUUUAUCUGCUGACAGUGAGGGAGUUUUUACCUACAUCUCAAAACAUCAAUGCAUCCAUACAGGAGAGAAGCCAUAUCCCUGCAUGCAAUAGGGAAUAAAUUUUGCUCUUAUUAAAAAAUUCCAAAACCUCAAUAAAUUCCCCACACGAGAGAAACUAUACCAGUGCUGAGGAGUGGAAGGAGAACAUGUUCAUCGUUACAACUGAAGACACUGAGGGCCUUUUUGUUUGUUUCUUGUUAUGUGUGAUGUGUGGGAUUUUUUUUCUUCCCAAAGAGACACAUGGCUUGUGAAUAUUGUUGCAAAUUGUGCCACGCCUUCAGAAUUCAGUCUGAAUUAGGCUAAUUAAUUCAACAACAAAAAGUUACAUUUAUAUUGCACCUUUCACCACCCCAUAGAUGCUUUACAGAGUAAACAGAUUAAAAAAACACUACCACACUAACAGAAAUAACCAAAAACAAACAAAUCAUCCAGUGAAGUCAUUGCGGAUAAGAGACAGAUGAUUUAUUGAAAUACAAUAUGAUCACAAAUAGCGUGGGGGAAAAAUACAGCAGCUUAAAGCAUGGAAAAGAGAAUGGACAGUCAAUGAUCAGGAUGGGCAUCAUACUGGUGCAGUGAUUAGCACUGUCACCUCACAGCAAGAAGAUUCCGAGUUCGAACCUCACGGCCAACAGGGGUCUUUCUGUGUGGAGUUUGCGUGUUCUCCUCAUGUCUGUGUCGGUUUCCUCCGGGUGCUUAGUUUCAAAGACACGCAGAUUAGGUAAAAUACCCAGCCACUGGGGUUGCACAAGCCAGUGCAUACUUGGUGCUGGUCCCAAGCCUAGAUAGAUUGGGGAGGGUUGUGUCAGGAAGGGCAUCUGGUGCAAAGCCAAAUUGAAUAUGCAGAACAGAUCCCACAGAAGAGCUACUGUAGCACAACUGCUGAAAAAGAGUUAAUGCUGGCAAAAACAGAAAAGUGUUAGCAUUAACAUAUUCAGUGGUUUGUUCAAGGCAAGGCAAGUUUAUUUAUAUAGCGCAUUUCAUACACAGUGACAGUUCAAUGUGCUUUACAGAGGUAAAAGCAAAACAGUAAACAAUAGAAAAUAAAAUUACAAAAUUAAAGGGGAAGAAGAGAGAAAAAAUAAGAAUUAAACAAUAGUAGAAAUAAAAUUAAAUGAAGUAAAAGUUCAGUAAAAAAAAACAGCAGAAUAAAAUAGAAUAAAAGUUAAGUAAAGUUUAAAACAUGCAGAGACUGUAAAAGUUAAGUAAAGUUUGAAACAUGUAAAGAUGAUAUUUAUCAGUUAGCAGAAAGCAUCUGAAAACAGCUUGGUAGUCUAGAUUUGAAGCUGCCAACAGCAGGAGCAUUUUUGAUGUCCUCUGGCAGUUGGUUCCAUAGCUGUACUGCAUAGUAGCUAAAAGCUGCUUCAUCACACUUUGUUUUAACAACAGGUUUUACCAGUAAAUUUUGCUGCUGCGAUCUGGUAGAUCUGAUUGGGUUAGGCCGCUGCAACAUAUCAGAGGUAAUUGGGCCCUGUACCAUUUAGAGAUUUGUACACCAGCAGCAAUGCUUUAAAGUCAAUUCUGUAGCUUACUGAAAGCCAGUGAAGGGACCUUAGAAUUGGAGUAAUGUGCUUUGUUCUUUUUGUUCGUGUGAAAACCCUAGCCGCUGCAUUUUGAACCAGCUGAAGUCGUUUGAUGGUCUUUUUUGGCAGGCCUGUGAAAAGGCCAUUGCAGUAAUCAACCCUACUAGAGAUGAAGGCAUGUAUAAGUUUUUCCAGAUCAUUUUUUGACAUAAGUCCUCUUAGUUUGGAAAUGUUUUUUAGGUGAUAAAAUGCCGAUUUAGUGAUUGCUUUCAUGUGACUGUCAAAGUUUAGCUCGCUGUCAAUGAAAACACUGAGAUUUUUAACCAUAUCUUUUGUUUUAAUCCCCUUUGUGUCAAGAAUAGUGGUAAUCCUGAGUCUUUCAUCUUUUUUCCCAAAUAGAAUUACUUCUGUUUUAUCUGUGUUCAGCUGAAGAAAAUUUUGUGACAUCCAGUUGUUGAUUUGGUCGAUACACUGGUAGAGACAUUCAAGGGGGCCAUAAUCAUUAGGUGAUAGAGCAAAAUAAAUUUGGGUGUCAUCUGCAUAGCAGUGAUACAAAAUUGAGUUGUUCUUGAUAAUUUGUCCGAGUGGGAGCAUAUAAAGGUUGAAUAGUAAUGGUCCAAGGAUCGACCCCUGGGGGACACCACAGGUCAAGGACAUUGAUGUUGAGGUACAAUUUCCCAUGAUAACAAAGAAGCUUCUGUCUUUUAAGUAUGAUUUUAACCAAUUGAUAACUUUACCAGUCAACCCAACCCAGUGUUCAAGUCGAUAUAGCAGUAUGUUGUGAUCAACAGUAUCAAAAGCUGCACUGAAGUCCAGUAACACCAGGACCGAUGUUUUGCCUGCAUCAGUAUUAAGACGCAUGUCAUUUAUAACUUUAAUCAGCGCUGUUUCAGUGCUAUGAUUGGCACGAAAUCCUGACUGAAAGUUAUCAAAACAGCUGUUUGAUAUCAAGAACGCAGUUAAUUGAUUGAAGACAUUUUUUUCAAGGACUUUCCCGAUGAAUGGUAGAUUUGAUAUUGGCCUGUAGUUGUUCUACAGUAGCUCUUCUGUAUAUUUGGACCAUAUGGGCUAGCCUUCGCGCCCCAUGCAAAUCAGUGAGCCUUUGACACCCAUGACCCUGUCGCUAGCCACGGUUGUCCUUCCUUGGACACCUUUUGGUAGGUACUAACCACUACACACCAGGAACGCCCCACAAGAUGCGUCAUUUUGGAGAUGCUCAGACCUAGUCAUUUAGCCGUUACAAUUUGGCCCUUGUCAAAGUCGCUCUGAUCCUUAUGCUUUUUUUUUCCUGCUUCCAUCAAGAACGCAUCGACUUCAAGAACUAACUGUUCUCUUGCUACCUAAUGCAUCCCACCCCUUGACAGGUGCCAUUGUAAUGAGAUAAUCAAUGUUAUUCACUUCACCCAUCAGUGGUCAUAAUGUUAUGGCUGAUCGGUGUAUAUAUGUAAAUGUAAUAUAACUCAUUUUCAGACCACUACUAAUCAAGAUCUAAAAACAAUGUAAAUUUAGUGAUUUCAGAGAUUUGUUUAACAGUGGUGGACAUACAGUGUUUUGCAAAAGUAUUCAUCCCCGUUGGUGUUUGUCCUGUUUUGUCACAUUACAAGCUGGAAUUAAAAUGGAUUUUG